AUGGAAUCAUUGCAAAGCUCAACGUGCAGCAAGGUCUGUGAGGGGAGUGAGAGCAGCAGCCUGGGCGGUUGGGACAUCUGCCACAGGGCUCGUCUCAUCCCCUGCUCGUGCUCCUCUCCUCCACAGUUCACAGUGUGCCUGCGGUGCAGGGGGCAGACCAUUUACCAGCAGGUCCUGUCCGUGGAGAGACCCAGCAGCCUGCAGGGCUGGAACUGGGGCUACUGCGGCCGCUACGCCUUUUACCAUGCCCUGUACCCCCGUGCCUGGCUGGUCUACGAGCUGCCGGGGCAGCAGGUGGUGCUCACCUGCCGGCAGGUCUCUCCCGUCAUCCCCCAUGACUAUAAGGACUCCAGCUUGCCGGUGGCAGUGUUCGUCUGGGAGGUGGAGAACGGGAGGGACGAGGACGUGGAAGUGUCCAUCAUGUUCAGCCUGCAGAACGGCACGGGAGCGAAGGAGGCCGGCAGCGGCGGGCACUGGAACGAGCCCUUCACCUUCCAGAAGGAUGGCGAGCGGGUCGCUGGGGUGCUGCUGCACCACUGCCCGGCCGUGAACCCCUUCAGCCUGGCCAUCUCUGCCCGGGAGAAGGCUGGCACGGGAGUCACCCAUGUCACGGCAUUCAAUCCCACGGGAUUGGGUAGAGAGGUGUGGCAGGACCUCCUGCAGGAUGGCAGGCUGGAUUCACCCACUGGUGAGUGCCUCCAUCCUCUGUGGGAUGGUGAUGCCCUGACACACUACGAGGAGUGGGAGAGGAAGAUUGAAGCGUGGCAGAAUCCCAUCCUGGAGAACAGCCAGCUGCCUUCCUGGUACAAGUCAGCCCUCUUCAACGAGCUCUACUUCCUGACGGAUGGAGGGACCAUCUGGAUGGAGGUGCCCCCCGACUGCUGUGCCGAGGACCUGCAGGGGCCGGCGGGGGCGGGGCUCUCCCACCUCCUCCCUGUCCUGCGGGAGUACGGAAGGUUUGCCUAUUUGGAAGGCCAGGAGUACCGGAUGUACAACACCUAUGAUGUCCAUUUCUACGCCUCCUUCGCCCUCAUCAUGCUGUGGCCCAAGCUGCAGAUCAGCCUGCAGUACGACAUUGGUGAGUGUCCCCAGAGCCCUGCCUUGGUGCCUGCUCAGGGCUUCCCCUCGGGAUGAGACGGAGCCUUUGGGACAGCUGCUGCUGCUGCUGCAGACGUGUGUGCCAUGCAGCCAGCAUCCCCCUCUGGUCGCUCUGCUGUGCCCAGGACUUGCAGCCCUGCAAUAUUGGGGCUGCCCCAGCAGCUCUGUGCCCGGCACUGGCGGUGCCUUCUUGCCGUGCUGGGGGUGCCCAGCUGGCUCUGCCUGCCCUGGGGGAGGCGCUGGUCUUCCCAGCUCUGUCCUUGCCCCUUGCAGAGGAGGCAUGGAGCUGUUUGCAGACUCCCAGUGGGAGAUGGGCCACAGGCUCCAGGCUGAGCAGGGUCCUGCUGGCCGGCACCAGGUGGGGUCCCAAGGAGCACCAUGUGAAGGGUGGGCUGACAAAGAGGAGCCCAAGCCAUGGAGGGUCACAGCAGGGGUCACACAAUGGCCUUCAGGGAUAGUGGCAAGAGAGGCCAGCGUUGAGGAAAGGGAACAGGGGCACUGAUCGGUGGAAGAGAGGAGACUGUGUGUGUUUGCAGAAAAGCUUUAUUGGGAGACUAAGGGG